AUGAUGAACACUCGAUCAAGAUCUCGUUUACUUCGAAAUGAAAAAGCAGCUAAAUCUGAAGAAAUAGUGAAAUCAUCUUCUUCAACAGAAAAAAAGAGUAAACGAAAACGAAAAAGAAAUGAUGAAAUUAAUGAUAACAAUGAACAUGCAUUAACAAAUUUUAGCACAACGGCUACUUCUUCUUUUAAAUCGCUAGCAAUCGAUCCUAUUGUUAUUAAAUCAGUGCCUGUUUCAUAUACAUCAACAACAUCACAUGUUCAUACAAUAGAAAUAGAAGACGAUCAAUGUAAAAAUGAAGGUUUACAACCACCAUCAUCUCCACUACUUAAUCUUUCAGGAGUUCUUUCAUUAGAAGCCAUUGAUAAUGCACCUGAUGAUCAUAGUGAUGAUGAUGAUAAUAAAUAUAUUGGAACAUUAUACUUUAUAAAUAAUCCAAGUGAUUCUGAAGAUGAUAAUUUCGAUCAUAAUCUUCAUUUACAGCAGCAAAUUUUAAUCGAUACUUUAAAUCUUGAAGAAAAUGAGCAAGUGAUACAACCAGAUAACACAUAUCCUGAUGCAGCUGUAUUACCAUCGAUAUUAAACACAAACAUCGAAUUCAUGACCAAUUGA